UUCAGGCGAGACGGGUAUUAUUAUGCAUUUACGAAAAAUCCCUGAAAUAUAUAUAUUUAAUAUUAAUUAAGAGAAAAUCCAAAAUAGUGGAAAUAUUCAUAUCUAAAAACCUAGAAAUGUGUGAUAUGUAAAAAAAAUUUGAAAUUUUUGUAAUCUACACGAGCUAAGGAACACACGCAUAUAGUUUGACCGUUGGUCAUCAUCAAAUGAAAAACUCGGAAAUAAAUACAUAACCGCCCUCUGCUAAUAAAGUAUUUCACAAAAGAGCCAAAAUAUAAUAUUUUGAUGAAAUUGUCACCAUUUCCUUCCAAAUUUAUUAAUAAGUGCAUACACACAAAAAGUGAGAACGAAUGACCUCGAGUAGCAAGUGGGCAGAGAGAACUUUUCUCGCUUCUCAUUUUCUCCCCCCUGUCACACCGAACUAUGGAGAAAAACAAGCCGUUAUUUGCGUCUCCUCUUUGAUUUGACAAACAGUCAAAAUUAAUAAGAGAAGACGAUAUAAUAAAUCACAAUAAAUUAAAAGUUUACAAACUUUCCACGUAGGCGGAGGAAAUUAAUCAUUUCGUCAAAAGUAACAACAGUCAGUUUUAGAAAAAAAAUAAGAAUGAACUGGAACGGAGGAGCUCGUGCGAGAUUUCAGCAAAAAAAUGUUCCCCUUCAACGACGCGGACAAGCACCGCCGCCACAACAGCAAGGUCAAGGUCGAGCACCAGGCCCUUCCACCAGUAAUGCCGCCAUUGACGAGAUUCCCUCAGCACGCCGAGUACCCUACGGCCGGUACGAUGUCGCAUCCGACCCGCGGUAUGAACUUGUCGAGAAAAAAUCAGACGGAGCUCGGUACAGAACCGUCCCAUUGUUGGAAUCUGUAAGACGUACAUUUCCAAAUGGAGACGUCCUUUCACUCCAACUCUCGCAUGCCAUGGAAAUUCAUAGAGUGAGAGCAAGCCCAGUAACGGUGUGUUCUGUUGGAAUGGGGGGAAUGCAAGAAGGAAACGGCACCGAGAACGAGAUCGACAAUAACGACGAGGAUGAGAUCGACAGCCACGUCGAGGUCGACAGUAACGCCGGGGUCGAUAGCAGCGGCGAGAUGGACAGCAGCGGCGACGUCGACAACAACGACGAGGUCGACAUCAGCGGCGGAAUAGACGACAAUGCUGAGGUCGACAGUACCAACGAGAUCGACAGUAUCGCUGGGGUCGACAGUAUCGCUGAGGUCGACAGUAUCGCUGGGGUCGACGAUAACGCCGAGGUCAACAGCAACGCCGAGGUCGACAGCAACGCCGAGGUCGACAGCAACGCCGAGGUCGACAGCAACGCCGAGGUCGAAGACAACAACGACCAAGGCGCCACAAUAUCCGACGAUGGGUCCCCUGCGACUAAACGACGCCGACUUGAAGCAACAACUUCUUCUUCUGAAGAGGAUGAAAAACAAAUCACUACUACUACUACUACUACGACUUCUCCUACUUCCCAAGAUCAAAUGGAACUGGAUUCCGAGCUCGGUGGAUAAGAGUGUUGUUUUUUUAUCGCAGUAGAUUUUUUUUAUCUCUAACAAAAAAUGUUACCGUAAAAAUAUUUUAUGCUCAUUAGUCGUUAAGCUAUACAUACAUGCUACUAUUUACUAUAUACAUAUAGAAUUUCAUGGCUAAGACUCACCCAAGUUUAUGUAAUUAGAACGUUAAGUUCAUCAUUUUCAGUGGGUCACAAAGUCUCAAAUUAGUAUAUCUUUAUAGUUGGUUGGUUGGUAUUCAACACUUUAUGCGUUCUGGUGUCAGACAGAAGACCAGUAAAUUUGUUUUUAAUCACCCAGA